AUGGGCGAGAAAGAACAGGCUAAGCCUUUGGCUCCGGCAUCCCACAGGAUCCACGUAGAGGAAGGAGCUGAAGCUCAGUCCAUGGAGACUAAAAAGUACAACAGGAGGAGGUGCAUCAAAUGCUGUGGCAUCUCUACCGCCCUCAUAUUGAUUCUAGCUGCGACCAUGUUGGUGCUUGCUUUCACCGUAUUUCGCGUUAAAAAACCCGUUUUGAAGAUGAACUCCGUCAAGGUCGAAGGAUUGGAUGUUGCUAUGGAGGCAAAUUUUCGUCUGGGGACAAACGUGACACUUGUAGCAGAUGUCUCGAUGAAAAAUCCGAACGUGGCCUCCUUCAAGUUAGAUAAUUCGACGACUUAUCUUUUCUAUGGUGGCAAGAUGGUUGGGGAAGCCAAGACUCCGCCGGGGCAUGCCAGGGCGAGGCGGACGAUGCAUAUGAAUAUCACGGUGGAUAUUCUGGCAGAUCAACUGCUGGAUGUGCACCGGCUGUGGAGUGAUCUGCAAGCAGGGGCUUUGCCUAUGGGUAGCUACACAAGAAUAAGUGGUAAAGUCAACAUUUUAAACAUCAUUAAGAAGCACGUUGUUGUGAGAAUGAAUUGCACUAUGACUGUUGAUAUCCACAGCCAGUCCAUGAGGGAUCAGGACUGCAAGAAACAUGUUUCCUUCUAG